UAGUAUACCAAAAUUAUUGCAACAACGAUGUUUAUCACAAAGUCAAUAACCGGUGACUGUAUAUCCUUAGUGAUCACCUUCUUAGUGAUUCUAAUAGGUUACUUCAAAUGGUCGUACCAGUACUGGCACAAGCGCAACGUCCCCUACCUACAGCCUCAGAUUCCGUUUGGCAACAUCAAAAACCCUCUACGCAGUAAAGAAUUUUCCGGCGUCACAAUAAAAAAAAUCUAUGAUGAAAUGAAAACCAGAGGCUGGAAACACGGUGGCCUGUACGUCUUCAACAAACCGAACUAUUUUCCCAUAGAUUUGGAUCUUGUCAAAAACGUGAUGACCAAGGACUUCCAGCACUUCGUAGACCGAAAUACCUUCGCUAAUGAGAAAGAACCACUGCAUGAACAUCUUCUUAACCUCAAGGGGGCCAAAUGGAGAAAUUUGAGGGCCAAGUUGACACCGACUUUUACUUCUGGAAAGAUGAAGAUGAUGUUCAGCGUAAUGGCAGAGUGUCAAGAGGGUUUACAAAAACGAUUGGAGAAAGAAAGUCUCAAAAACCAACCCAUAGACAUAAAGGAAGUUUUAGCUUGUUUCACCACAAACAUCAUCGGGACUUGCGCCUUUGGUUUGGAGUUUAAAGCGCUGGAGGAUGAAGAUUCGGCUUUCCGAGAAUUUGGGCGACAACUGUUUACAGUGAGCAAGCUACAAAUGUUCAAAAUCAUGUUCAUCAGAACGUUUCCAAAAUUGGCGACUUCUUUAAAUAUUUCUGCUGGUAGAAAAGAGACGUCGAAGUUCAUUAUGAAUAUAGUUGAAGAUACUGUUGGGUAUAGAGAAAAAAAUAACUACACCAGGAACGACUUCAUGCAACUGUUAAUAAAUUUAAAGAACAAAGCACCCCCAGAAUCUGGCGCUCAUGACGGAAAACCUUUAACAAUGAACGAAAUUGCUUCCCAAGCUAUCGUUUUCUUUGCAGCAGGAUUUGAAACGUCUUCCACAUUGAUGACUUUCGCUUUGUACGAGUUAUCCAAGAACCCAAACAUUCAAGAAAAACUCAGAAGUGAAAUCAAUGAAGUUCUGGCCAAACAUCAAAACAACAUCACUUACGAUUCCAUUCAGGAUAUAAAAUACCUGACUCAAGUCAUUGAUGAAACAUUUCGAAUGCACCCACCAGUACCAACACUCAAUCGCAAAUGUACUAAAGACUACAAAGUGGAAAAUCAAGAUGCUGUCAUCGAAGAAGGUACUCCUGUUUUGAUAUCAGUGCUGGGGAUACAUUAUGAUAAAGACUACUACCCGAAUCCUGAAAAAUUUGAUCCUGAAAGGUUUAGUGAUGAAAAUAGAAAGUCAAGACACCACUAUGCCCAUCUUCCUUUCGGAGACGGGCCUCGCAAUUGUAUCGGAAUGCGGUUUGGUCUGUUACAGUCAAAGAUGGGAUUAGUUUCGUUGAUCAGAAAUUUCAAAUUUAGUCUUAACGAAAAGACAAAGCAGCCGCUUAUUUAUAAACCAAACAGUCUUGUUUUGUCAGUGGAAGGAGAAGUUUGGCUUAAUGCAGAAAGAAUAAACACAAUGUAAGAAAGAAUUUUGUAGCAACAAGAAAUAUGGAUUAUGAACUCAUGGCUAUCACUAAAUAAUAUGUAUAAUUUGUUUUUUUUGUUUGUUUUAAGUUGAAAUAAAUUGAUUUUUAACGCUU